AAGAGCGAAGAAGGUCGACUAAACAUUAGCUAGGCUAUAGCACCGACUUGCUAACAGAUUCAUGAACGGUGAAUAAACAUAGUGAGAAACAAGCUCGGGGACGAACUCGGUUACCGCUGCCGGCGGGUCAUGCAGCUCUCUGAAAGGUAAUGAGCCGCAAAGCCCCGGGGUCUCGGCUCAGCGGCGCCCACAAACUGCAGCCACACUGGAAUGACUGGCACACCAGAGUUGACAGUGUGUCAUCCAGCCAGGACCGAGUGAAAUCCAGAGAACUUGGCGCAGCAGCGGUGUUCGACGUGUUGCCCUCUGACUGCCCUGACCAGCCAGCACUGCACAACGAUGCCUAUGUUGCCGCAGAUGCACUCCAGGAAGAGGGUGGAUAUGAAGCUGGUGGAGGUGCCCAUGAUGCUACAUUUGGUUGGAAGUCGCUGGGGCAAGAGUUGAGGCUCAAUGACGUGACAACGGAUGUGACACCUUUUCAGCAUGGAAAUCGUGCUUUAGCUUCAAAGGACAUGAGGAAGUCGCAGGACCGAGGAAUGACUCACUCAGAUGAAUCUCGGCUGGCCAACCUCCUGCGCCGAGUCUCUCGGGAGGAUGACCGCGACCGCAGGCUGACCACCAUCAAACAGCUGAAAGAGUUCAUCAGCCACGCCGAAAACAAAGUGGCCCUGGUCAAACAAUUGGACACCAUCCUCAGCACCCUGAAUGACAUUUUGAACGAAAGCAGUAAGCUGCUGUGGGAGUUGCGUCAGGAUGCAGCAGCCUGCCUUGGACUACUCUGCACUGUGCUAAGCUACGAAGCGGAGCGGAUCUUCAAGUGGCUCUUCCUCAAGUUCAGUUCCUGUGGUCGAGAUGAUGUGAAGCUGCUGUACCUGGUAGCCGCACAGCGUGCCCUAGAGGCUGCUGGGGAGAAGAAGGCUUUCUCUCCCAUCAUGCAGCUGGUGAUGAGCAGGCUGCAGUCCAUCCUGGAGAAUGUGGACACGCCAGAGCUGCUGUGUCAGAGUGUGAAGUGUAUUCUUCAGGUGGCUCGCAGCUACCCUCAUGUCUUCAGCACCAACUUCAGGGACACCGUGGACAUCUUGGUGGGCUGGCACAUUGACCACACACAGAAGCAGUCUCUAACUCUGCAGGUCUCAGGCUGGUUACAGAGUCUGGAGCAGUUCUGGGUGGCAGACCUGACCUUUUCCACCACCCUGCUGGGACAGUUCCUUGAGGAUAUGGAGGCCUAUGCAGAGGACCUGAGCCAUGUGGGGUCAGGUGAAGUGUUGGACGAAGACAUUCCCCCACCUACGGUGUCACUGCCCAAGCUGGCAGCACUACUGAGGGUUUUCAGCACUGUGGUUCGCAGCAUCGGGGAGCGCUUCAGCCCUAUUAGGGGACCCCCCAUCACCGAGGCUUAUGUCACUGAUGUUCUUAACCGGGUUCUGGCUUGCGUGACAACGGCCAAGCAGGUGUUGUUCUCUGAGGCGGUUCUAACAGCAGGAAACGAAUGUGUGAGUGUGUUGCUGGUCAGUGUGGAGCCCUGUGGCCAGCUGACGGAGGCCGUACUAGCCUAUGGCCUGGACCAGCUGGACUGCUGCCGGGCCUGUGGGUCAGACUACAGCCUGGCAGUGCUCAGCCUGCUCACACUGAUUGUGGACCAAAUCAAUACCAAGCUGCCUGCCUCUUUUGUGGAGAAACUGUUGGCACCUGAAUCCCAGCUACUGGAGCUACGCUUCCAUCAUGAUAAAGAGGUGAUAACAGCUGUUCACAGCGUGUACCAGGCAUUGCUGAGCCUGAAGAAUAUUCCAACACUGGAGGCGGCUUACAAGCUGGUACUGGGCGAGAUGUCGUGUGCCCUGUCCAGCCUCCUGACCCCCCUGCAGCCCACCUGUGGGACCGUGGCACCCAGCGGCCCCUGCCUUGACAUUCAGCACCCUGCCUUUGCCUCCCUCACGGUGCCUCCGGAGAGGGCUCAGUUCACCCUCAUCUUCAACCUCAGUGCCCUCACCACUAUCGGCAACACUAAGAACUCGCUCAUCGGGAUGUGGGCGUUGUCUCCCACGGUGUUUGCGCUGCUCAGUCAGAACCUGAUGGUCGUCCAUUCAGAGUUAGCAGUCUACUACCCUGCCGUCCAGUAUGCUGUGUUGUACACCCUCUACUCCCAUUGCACCAGACACGAUCACUUCAUCUCGUCUAGCCUGUCAUCGUCGUCCCCAUCCCUGUUUGAUGGAGCAGUCAUCAGCACCGUCACCACGGCAACAAAGAAACACUUCAGCACACUGUUAAGCCUGCUUGGAGUUUUGCUGGCCAAGGAGCACCUCUACCCUGAGGCCAGGAAGCUGCUGCUGACCUGGGCUCAGGAAAUCUCUGUCUUGAUGAAGAAGUCGGACACAUACAGCCCUCUCUUCUCCCUGCCCUCCUUCACCAAGUUCUGCAAAGGUCUGCUGGCUAACGCCCUCAAUGAAGACCCUGGCGUCUGCCUGCAGACUUGCAACAGCCUCCAGGUCCUGUCUUCAUCUCUGUCCACCAAGCUGCUGCAGAGGUGUGUGGAAGUGUGCAGAGUCCAGCUGGUCCACUCUGCAGUGAGGGUGAGGCAGGCCUAUGGCAAGCUGCUAAGAACAAUUCCUCUGGAUGUGGCAUUGAGUAACCACAGCCAUCCAGAGAUCGGGGAAAUCUCACUAGCCCUCCGCCGUCAUAUGAGCCGAGCGCCAAGCAGCACGUUCCACCCACAGGACUUUAGCGACCUGAUUGGCUUCAUCCUGUAUGGUGUCCUGCACCGUGGAGGCAAAGAUCCAUGGCUGGAACGUUUGUACCACAGCUGCCAAAGGCUGGAGAAGAGGGACUGCCGAGGCGGUGUGGAUGGCAGUGGGCCGGGGGUGGUGCCACGGGCCCUUCUGAAGACAGAGGUGGUGCUGUGGCAGUGGGCUGUGUGGGAGGCUGCCCAGUUCACUGUGUUGUCCAAGCUCCGAACACCACUGGGCCGUGCUCAGGACACCUUCCAGACCAUUGAGGGUAUCAUCCGGAGCCUGUCUGCUCAUAGUCAGAACCCGGAGCAGGAUGUUGAAACAUGGGCCGGGGCCGGAGGUGAUGGAGAUGGCCACCAUUCCAACCAACUCCGCCUGGCUCUGCUGCUGCAAUACCUAGAGAACUUAGAGAAGCUAAUGUACAAUGCCUACGAGGGCUGUGCCAAUGCUCUGACUGCUCCGCCAAAGGGCAUCAGGACAUUCUUCUACACCAACCGUCAGACAUGCCAGGAUUGGCUGACCAGGAUUCGCCUGGCACUGAUGAGAGUGGGUCUUCUGUCCGGCCAGCCGGCGGUCACAGUUCGCCACGGCUUUGACCUGCUCACUGAAAUCAAGAACAGCAGCACCCAGGGUCCAGAGCUGGAGGUUCCUCUGAUGUUGCUGGUGGAGGCUCUGUGUGAGCUUCGCUGUCCCGAGGCCAUACAGGGUCUGGCCGCGUGGAGCCUCUCUACCUGUGGCAGGAGUCUGGGCUGGCUGGGCUCUGUUGCCCUGCAGGCUGAGGGACGGUUUGAGAAGGCAGCUGUGGAGUAUCAGGAUCAGCUGUGUGCCGUAACAGGGAUGGACUGCAGCAUCAAAAGUUUUCAGCUCAAACUCAAUAGCAGUACCACCAGUCCCAAACACCCCGGCAAUGGUGAUGGAAGGAAGACCGUGCUGCUGAAGUCCAGUGAGUGUUCUCCUGAGGUCAUUAAUUUCCUGGCCAAUAAAGCUUGUCAGUGCUAUGUGGCACUCUGUGACUGGCCCUCAGUUCAGGAGUGGCAGGCAAAAGUCCACGCCAUUAAGAAGAACUCCACCAACCCAGCGAGCAUCCACCUGAAGACAGACUUGAACUAUAUCCAAGCUCUGAGCCGCUUUGAGGAUGGAGAUCUGGCCGAGUGUGCAGCUCAGCUGGAACUACUUCCUGGAGAAGACUACAGCCUGCUGAGCUCUAGCAGCAAGGACAAACUGGAUUUGAAGAGGCUGCUGCCCUCCAUGAUGAGUCCAGAUCCAUCUGAGCUCCAGAAAGCCAUCGAGGUCCAACUCCUCCGCAGCGCUGUCAGUGCCAUGACAACAGUCAAGAACCAGCAAGAGCAGAAGACCACGGCCACUCCAGAUACCUUGGUGCGCUGCCUGAAACAGACUGGCCGGAUCUGCUUGGGUCCCCUCCGCUUGUCCACCCUCACCCUGUCUGAUGCCCUGCCCACCCUCCCCACUCUGCAGCUACAUUGCACUGCUGCCCUGGAGAGCACACUCACUGGACAAGAGGACUGUGUGAUCCCCCUGUACAGCGAGGCCCUGACCUCAUGUAAGCAGCAGGACGUCCAGCCCUGCCUCCAUGCCCGCAGAUACACAAUCUUCCAGAGGCAGUUCCUCAAACUCAAAGGUUCCACUGCCUCCCUUGACAGCCACCUAAUGGAGCUAUGUCUAACUGCCAUCAAAUUUGCCCGGAAACAGGGCAACAUUGCCCUGGCAACCCGUCUCCUCAGCGAAUGCAGUGUGGGAGAGGUGGAAAAUGAGGAGGAAGACCUGAGUCAGGUGUUCAGGCGUCUGACCUUAGAGGGCGCUGUUGGGGAAAAAUGGGGGCCAGAGCUGCAGAUUGAGAAAGCCAAAGUCAUGUGCACUGCAGGCCAGUCCAUAGCAGCCAUGGAGAUGCUGAGUAGCGCUGCCCUGUCUUACUGCCGUGCAGGGAAGAAUGAAGGCGCUGCCUGCCGCUCACUGCUGACGCUUUGCAAAUGGCUGCUGGCUGACUGGAAAGACCUGACACCUCAGCUCAAACAGGUGGUAAAGAGGUCAGGAGCAGUGAACACAGCUGGUGCAGCGGCCAGCAUGUCACCUCUCAGCCGCACCAUCGCUUCCCUGCUGGAGCUCCCUCUGGAAGACCAGGGCAUCCCCCGCAUCACCGCUGAGACCUCAGUGAGUGUGGGCGUUGGGGAGCCAGACUUUGUGCUGGGCCAGCUCUACCAGCUCUCCACCAGCCAAGCUCCAGAGGUGGCCAAGCCCUGGGCAGCCCUGGCCAGCUGGGCUUACCGCUGGGGCAGGAAAGUGGUGGAUAAUGCCAGCCAAGGGGAGGGCGUGCCCCUCCUUGCUGGGGAAAAGAAGGAGAUCGAGGAGCUGCUGCCAGCUGCCACCACUGAAGAAGACAAGGAUGCCAUCUUCAGCAUUCUUGGACAGGCUAUGUGUCGGCCUGCUGGCAUACAGGAUGAAGACAUGGCUCUACAGCAGGAUGAUGAGGAGGAUGACAUGGUAGAUGUUAUCUGGCGGCAGCUGCUUGCCUCCUGCCCUUGGCUGGGUGAGGCGGGCCAGCUGGUGACUGAUGGUUUGAUUCGGGUGUGGAGACGGGUGGUGGAUCGCAUCUUUAGUCUUUACCGGGUCUCCUGCCAGGCCUACUUCACCUUCCUCAAGCUCAAUUCUGGGCAGGUUCCUAUUGACGAGGAUGACCCCAAGCUGCUGCUGUCCAAUCAGAAUGGCAAGCAAAGCAAUGAUGAUGUGAUUGUCAUGGCAACCCUGCGUCUCCUCCGCCUGUUGGUUAAACACGCUGGUGAAUUGAGGGAGGGGCUUGAGCUGGGCCUAGCCUCCACCCCCACUGCACCCUGGAGAGGCAUCAUCCCCCAGCUCUUCUCCCGUCUGAACCAUCCAGAAGCUUACAUCCGACAGAGUAUUUGCAGCCUGCUGUGUCGAGUGGCCCAGGACUCCCCACACCUCAUCCUCUACCCUGCUAUCGUGGGUUCACUCUCCCUUGGAGGAGAAGCCCAGAAUACUGGGAGCAAGCUGCCAUCAGCCCUGCCCACCUUCUUAGGCAGCAUGCAGGGAGAGGGCCUCGGUGAGGAGGAGGACGAGGAGGAUCAGGCUGAGAACAGUGGGCAGGGAGCAGCUUCGGAGGAGCUGGCAGCACUGUGCUCCAGUCAGGACCAAGCCAUGAUGCACGACUGUUACAGCAAGAUUGUGGAGAAGCUGUCAUCAGCCAACCCAACCAUGGUGCUGCAGGUCCAGCAGCUGGUGGGUGAGCUGCGCAGGGUGACUUUACUGUGGGAUGAGCUGUGGCUGGGCGUCUUGCAGCAGCAACACAUGCACGUCCUGCGCAGGAUCCAGCAGCUAGAAGACGAGGUCAAGAGGGUGCAGAACAACAACACACUGCGCAGGGAUGAGAAGAUCGCCAUCAUGCGUGAGAAGCACUCAGCUCUGAUGCGUCCGGUGGUGUUUGCCUUGGAUCACGUCCGCAGUAUCACAGGGGCUCCAGCAGAAACACCGCAUGAGACUUGGUUCCAGCAGACGUAUGGCGAUGCCAUCACCUCUGCUCUGGAGCGCCUGAGAAACCCCCACAACCCAGCCAACCCUGCCAGCAGCUGGCUGCCCUUCAAACAGAUCAUGCUGAGCCUGCAACAGCGUGCUCAGAAGCGUGCCAGCUAUCUGCUCCAUCUGGAUGAGAUCAGUCCUCGCCUGGCGUCCAUGACCAACACGGAGAUGGCUCUGCCAGGGGAGGUGUCCGCUACAGACGCCGUCACCAUUCAGAGUGUGGGGAACACCAUCACCAUCCUGCCCACUAAAACCAAGCCUAAAAAACUCUUCUUCCAGGGCUCAGAUGGAUGCAACUACCCUUAUCUUUUCAAAGGUUUGGAGGACUUGCACUUGGACGAGCGCAUCAUGCAGUUCCUGUCGAUCGUGAACACCAUGUUCACCAAGGUCAACCAGCAGGAGCAGCCACGCUUCCAUGCCCGCCACUACUCCGUCACACCCCUGGGAACCCGAUCAGGACUCAUCCAGUGGGUCGAUGGAGCCACACCCCUGUUUGGCCUCUACAAGCGCUGGCAGCAAAGGGAAGCUGUGCUACAGGCUCAAAAGGCCCAGGACUCGUUCCAGCAGCAGCCUCAGCCAGUGCCCAUGGUACCCCGCCCCAGUGAGCUCUACUAUAGCCGGAUUGGCCCGGCAUUGAAGAUGGUGGGGCUCAGCCUGGAUGUAUCGCGACGGGACUGGCCUGUCAGCGUCAUGAAGGAGGUGCUCAAAGAGCUGAUGGAGGCCACACCCCCUAACUUGCUGGCAAAGGAGCUGUGGUGCUCCUGCACCACACCCAGCGAGUGGUGGAGGGUCACUCAGGCCUAUGCCAGAUCCACUGCAGUCAUGUCAAUGGUGGGAUACAUCAUUGGCCUUGGUGACCGUCACCUAGACAACGUGCUGAUUGAUAUGACAACUGGCGAGGUGGUCCACAUCGACUACAACGUCUGCUUUGAAAAAGGGAAGAGUCUUCGAGUGCCAGAGAAGGUCCCAUUCAGGAUGACCCACAACAUUGAGACUGCCCUGGGAGUCACUGGGGUGGAGGGCAUCUUCAGGCUGUCCUGUGAACAGGUUGUUCAGAUGAUGCGACGGGGCAGAGAGACCCUGCUGACCUUGCUGGAGGCCUUUGUCUAUGACCCGCUAGUGGACUGGACCGCUGGGGGAGAGGUGGGCUUCGCAGGAGCAGUAUAUGGAGGAGGUGGUCAGCAGGCCGACAGUAAGCAGAGCAAGAGGGAGAUGGAGAGGGACAUCACGCGCUCCCUCUUCUCCUCCAGAGUGGCUGAGAUUAAGGUGAACUGGUUUAAGAACCGAGACGAAAUGCUUGAAGUGCUGCCCCAGGUGGAGGAGGCAGUGGAGGAGUACCUGGCACUGCAAGAGCUCCUCUGCCAGGGGGAGAGGCUGGAGGCUAAGCUGCAGGAGGAGAUAGCCUUCCUGGAGGGCGCGGAAAACCACCCAGACCACCUCAUCCUCACCCUAGAACAAAGGUACUCUGAGCACACACAGCUGCAGUCACGGCAGCGGACUGUGCAGGAAGCUAUCCAGAGCAAGCUGGCUGACUUGGACCAGUGGAUUUCCCAGUAUCAGGCAGCUUUCUCCAGUCUGGAGGCCACCCAGCUGGCCAGCCUGCUGCAGGACAUCAGCAACCCCAUAGACCUCGGUCCUCCCAGCUACGUGCCAGCCACAGCCUUCCUGCAGAACGCUGGCCAAGCCCACCUGAUUAGCCAGUGCGAGAGCCUCGAGGCUGAAGUGAGCUCCCUGCUGCAGCAGCGUCGUGGGGCUCUUCGAGGAUGCCUGGAGCAGCUGCACAGCUAUGCCACAGUAGCUUUGCUUUACCCACGGGCCACCUUGCUCUGCCACCGAGCUCACCAGUGGAAGGCCUGGAUGGAGGAGCUGCUGCGAGAUAUGACAGUGGAGCAUUGCCAGCACAUCUACAGACAGUAUGAGGUGCUGUUUGCUCCUCAGCCUCCUGCGGCCUCCUGCCAGUUCUUGUCCAGUGUGGAGUUGGCUCUGCAGCACCAGGUGGCCGACACCAAUGGGCGGGUGAUGCGCCAAGCUGAGCGGCUCAAAGCUGAAGGCACAACGGCAACAGCCUGCGAGGAGCAGCUGCAGGAGAUCGAGCGCUGCAUUGCUGUCUUCCUACGGGAAAAUGGGGAGGCAGGCUCCUUCAGCCUGGCUGGCAUCAUCACCUCCGCUCUCUGCACACUCUGCAGGCGCAACCUGGUGAUGGAGGGGGCAGCAGCCAGUGCUGGAGAGCAGCUGGUGGACCUGACAUCUCGAGACGGGGCCUGGUUCCUGGAGGAGCUCUGCAGUAUGAGCGGCAAUGUCAGUGCCCUGGCAACACUAUUGCAGCGCUGCCUGCUCCUUCCCCAUGACCUGGACCUCCCAGCACCCACAGCCACCACCCAGGUUGUCUACCUGGCAAAUGCUGUCUACACCUGCCUACAGGAACUGAACACCAACUUUCGUCAGAUCAUUUUCCCAGAGGCACUGCGCUGCAUGCUGAAGGGGGAACCCACACUGGAGGCCAUGUUGGCAGAGCUGGAGCAGCUAGUAGAGCAGAGCUCCGACGGCCUUGACCUUCAGGGUUUGGUGGAGAACCUGCAGGCUGCCACAGGCCUAGAACAUGACACUCAUAACCACUGCCUCCACAUCACCAGGAUGCUGCGUGCCCAGUACUCUGAGCUGAUCCAGCCUCGUAGCAUGGAUGGACCAGGCCAGGACACACCCAAGAUGUCCUCUGGCCAGAUGCUACUGGUGGCCUUUGAUGGCAUGUUUGCACAGCUAGAGACGGCCUUCGGACAGCUCACUGAGAAGUUGAGUUCUCUGGAGGUGCCGUUGGCCUGGAGGAAGGUGGAUGUGCUGCGGGAGGCGCGGGCCACUCAACUCCAUUUCUUUGACAGCCUGGCUCAGCGACAGCUUUUGGACGAGGUCUUCUUCCUCAAGAGGGUGCAAACCAUCAGGGAUUUCUUUAGGCUGUGCGCUUCAUUCGCACAGACUCUUUCUGGUAUCUGUCCACCGGCUGAAGACCCAUCGCCCUCCAAUGGGCCAGUUGGUCUAGGGAAGCCACUGUACCGGGGCCCUGGGUCAACGGGUCCUGGUGUGGCAGUGGUCAGUGAGGACCAGAUGACCCGGCCCAUCAAGGCUUUCACAGCAGAGUUUGUUCGUCAGAUGUUGAUGGGUCUGCCCAGCCAGGCCCUCGGUCUCGCCCUCUGCAGCACCCUGUCUGCCCUUGGCCUUGACUUGGUUGCCCAAGUGGAGGCCAAAGACUUUGGAGCUGAGAGCAAGGUGUCUCUGGAUGAGCUCUGCAAGAAGGCAGUAGAACAGAGCCUGGCAUCAGGCCGGGUCUCUCAGCUGCUGCUGAACCGAGCAACAGUGCUGGCCUCCUCCUACGACACUGCCUGGAAGAAAGUGGACCUGCUAAGGAGGCUGGAUGCAAGCCUGGAAGCCGCCAAGGUCAGCCUGCAAAGGAGCCAGCUGCACAUCGCUAUGUUCCAGUGGCAGCAUGAAGAUGUUCUUGGAUCCAGUAAUCAGCCACUCAGCGUCAGUCUUCCUCCUCGCUCCAUCAUCCUCAGCAACAUGAAGAAGAAGCUGUACAAGCUGAGUCAGGAUGAGGCUGCCAUUGCAGCCAUUCAGGAGAAACUUGCAUCACUGGAAGCCAGUAUUGAGCAGAGGCUCAAGUGGGCUGGAGGAGCCAACCCAGCAUUGGCCCCUGUCCUGCAGGACUUUGAGAUGACCAUCGGAGAGAGACGAGCAAUGGUUGCGAGAGAGAACCAGCGCACUAGUCAGGUCACCUUCUUGUGUUCUACCAUCCUGAACUUUGAGGGGCUCCGGACUCGAACCCCUGAGGCCCUCAACAUGGACGCUGCUCUGUUUGAGCUGCUGAAGCGUUGCCAGCAGACCUGUUCUUAUGCUGCCCAGUUCAGCAGCACUGUGUCCCCACUGGAGCUCCAGCUGCUGCACAGACUGAGCCCAGUACAAGACCUGCCGAUCGGCAGCCCUGAUUGGCUGGCCUGUGCCCAGAAACAGCUGGAGGAGGAGCUCAGCGUCCAGCGGGCAGCACAGGAGGACCGCGAGCAACAGCUGGAGUCUUGUGGAGAGACACUGCAGCUCCUGGUCGACUCGAUCAAGACCAUCUUGUCCAACCACAACCGCCUGCUGGCUGAUGUCAAGCACUUGCUGAGAGCGAUGGCCAAGGAUGAGGAGGCGGCCGUGGCGGAGGGGGAGGAGAUGGCAUAUGAAGGCAGCGUGCGUCACUUCCUGUUGGAGUACAAGGCAUGGCAGGACAACAUCCAGCUGGUCCUCUUCACUGUGGUACAGGCCAGUGGGCAGCCUCGCAGCCAGGAGCAGCUGGACCUGCUGCAGGAGAUCCCUGCCACCCUGAAGGAGCUGCACUCUCAGAGUCAGAGUGUGUAUAAUGGGCUGGUGGGCUUCGCCUCCCCCCUGGUGACUGAUAGAGAGAGUGACUGUGCCAGUCCUGUUUCUACAGCGCAGACGAGCUUCGCAGCAGCUGUUCGAUGCAACUGGGUGAAGACUCAGCCAGACUCCAUGUCCCAGAAUACACGCAAGACCCUGCCUCGUAACCUAGGUACCCCUGCCGACACCCCGCCCAGCACACUGCUGAUGAGCAAAGGCCUGAACCCCAGCCCUAAGAGGGCUGUACGAGACCCCAAAACAGGACGAGCUGUCCAGGAGAGGAACUCCUACGCAGUCAGUGUGUGGAAGAGAGUGAAAGCCAAGCUGGAGGGCAGAGACGUCGACCCCAACAGGAGGAUGAGCGUCACUGAGCAGGUGGACUUUGUCAUCAAAGAGGCCACCAACAUGGACAACCUGGCCCAGCUCUACGAGGGCUGGACGGCCUGGGUGUGAACGCUACGCCGCUUCAUCUCUUUGGUCCAGCAAUGGCUUGGAGAUCCACCAGAAUCCAGCGGGUCUGGGGCGUCGGAGCGGCAGCACCGGGCCACAUUGGGGGGAGGACGGGGGGAGCGGAUGCUUAACCCACCCCCACAAACUCCUGGGCACCCAACUCGGGGGGCAGCAACCUUGUAGCAUCGCUGCAGCUACACUCCCCCAACCAUCGGUGAUCCAGCUAACAACGCUCAGUGGGUCUGCAGCCCCGUCUCCUUUCUGGGGUUUGAACGGGCGAACCUGCCCGGGACGGGGGGGAGGGGGGAAGUAUGGAGGGAACGUCACAUGGCAAAGGCUUCCUGACCAUCAGCUUUGAGACACCUUCCCUCCUCACCUGCACAACCCACUACCAAGUUCCACCCAUAAACAUCACUGCGUCCUGUUGAGCAAACUAAACUCCACCACAAGGCAGAAGAAAGCAGGAAGUGAGGACUUUGCCUUCUGAAGCACCCAGGUGGUUAAUUAGGUCGGACUUCACCACUGGACAGAAAGGCAAAGACGGAUGGGGCAUCAAAGCGGCCACUCCUGUUUUUCUCAAACGUUUUCCUUAAUCGUACGGUGAUUCCGAGGGGCCAGUGGCAGAUCUGCAAGGCGACGUGAUUGGCCAGGGUGAUGUGGGCGAGGGGUCGCAGGAUUCGAAAAGCUUAAUGGACUCCUGUCUUAAUCCUGCCAUAUAAAAAAAUAAUUAUUUAAAACGGGGGAAAAUGGUGUAAUCAAGAUUUUAUUUCUCCUCAGAACAUAUCAUAAAGACUGUUUCACACAUAUCUCUUUAGUGAUGUGUGUCGUCAAAUUUUGCGGAAAAAAAAAAGGAAUGUGGAGCGGAGAUGGUUUUCCCGAGAAGAUUCACUCUGGCUUUGUGGUUCAAGUUGAAGCAUCCGGUCAUCUGCAGUUAUUUCCCAAGACUGAUUUGCUGGCUGUGAAAGGACAAGUAAGAUGUAAGAACUCAGAGGGGUGACAUCUUAAUGCAGGAAAACCUAUUUCUGAUCCUUUUUCUUCAGUGUGCAUCUUUAAUCUAUGUUGUGUAUUGGUGACUUUUCUCCCAAACUCUUCUUUACAAAGUAGAUUGUUGCCUUUUUUGACUUGCCUGUCAGAAGUUAUCGCCUUCGUGAUAUGUAUUCACUCCCCCUCCCCUAAUGCUUGCAUUUUAUUGCUGUUGACCUUCUAGUUUUACAUUUUAGUGGGAGAAAUUAAAGAACAGAUAGUGAUGUUUUGGUGAUGGUGAAAACUUAUUUCUUAAAGGUUUUAUUGGAUUUUUGUUUGAUGCCAAAUAAAUGUGGAAUUGAGAGUU